AGUAAAGUUACAAGCAUGGGAAAUACCUUAUGUCAAUGCCAGUGGCUCUUGGAGGAUAGCUCACCAGAGUAUCAUAAUCCUAAAGGCUUAAUGAUUGCAUCUCGAAAGAAAAUUAAGCCUUCAGAGAUCCCAUUAGGCCAGCUCUGUCUCUCAGACGUUAUCCUUGAAGACAACACAGAGGAUUACGAUCUACCACAGCCUAAAAUGAAGCCAAGGUCUAAAUCCGAUCACGAGUCAAUGAUAAUAGUCCAGAAAUAACGGAUGCGAGUUCGCACAGGAACGCAAGUCUAAAUUUGAAAACUAUCUCACGGACGCAGCAAAUGUGCCUAUCGGCAUCAGUCAAAUUAAAUUAAAGGCUAAGAGGAAGCAAAUGCUACAACUCGCCAUGAGGAAGAGGCUAGAAAACCAGCUAAUCUUCCGCUAAAUACACUUAAUCUUAAGAAAUUUA